UCUGAUAGACGGCGCACUGCGGACAGCCGUGCAGCCAACGUCGCUUCUUCAUCAACGAAAAACAAAGAAGCUUGGCCACGAGCUUUCAACUUACGUUUAAUAUUUACUCUUUGAAUAAUGAGAACAAUCCUCUCUAGAAUUAUACGAAAUCCUAUGAUUUGAUUUGAACGUGGAGUGUAAUGGAUUCUGAAGCAGCAGAAGCUGGUAAAGAUUCCAAGGAAGACAAACAGUCCGAAGAAACCAAAGGUGAGAACCAAACCGCAAGCAGUUCUGAUCAGCAAGGAGCAGAUGAUGCAAAGACUAGUGAACACAAAGGUGCAUCAGAGGCAUUACAAGGAAAAGAUGGUUCUAAAGAGGGUAAAACUGCUGAGGGUGAGGAAACCUCAGUGGCAGUUAAAACUGGUGACAAAGAUGGAUCAGUUACAGAAUCUAGUGUAGAAGGGAAAGAACAAGAUGGUACUGCAUCCAAAUCAGGUUCUGGAGCUGCUGAAGGUGAUAAACCAGAAACACAAGCAGAUCAUGGAGAUGGUGGUCAAGAUGGUGAAGAAAAAUCCUCCGAUAAACAAACUGCAGAGAAAGGCAGAAUUGAUGAUGCUGCAGUAGAUGAGACUGCGGAAAAGAUAUCAGAUGGCAGUGAGAAAAAGAAAAAGAAGAAAAAGGCAAAGAAGGAGGGUACAGAACGGGAAGAAAGCAUGGAGGAUGACAACGAUGAAGAAGCUGAUGAAACAGGAAUGGCUGGUAACGAGGCACAAGCAGUUACAGCAAAGCAAACUGAAUCAGGAGAAGUUGAAGAAGAGCCAGAAAGAAUUCUUCCUGAUGAUUUCUAUUAUGAUUUUGAUGACCUUGUCUCAAAGGCUUUUUCAACAGAGGGCAUACCACCAGAAUUAUUAUCAUUUCACCAUUCAUUUGGUUAUGAGUGUACCAAGAGAUCAAACCUCCAUGUCUUGGAUGAGAAUUCUGUUCUGUUCUCAGCUGGAAACACUGUAGAAAUUCUCAAUCUGAAAACGCAGGAGCAGACGCACAUCAGGACAACAGGAGGUGGUGGAAUUGGAGCUGUGGCAAUCCAUCCCAGUCAAAAAUAUUUUGCUGUAGCAGAGAAAGGAGAGAAACCCAACAUAAAUAUCUUUGAGUACCCCUCACUCAAGCUGCACCGAAUUCUCCGUGAUGGUACAGAAGAAGCUUAUGCUCAUUUGGACUUCUCGCCCAAAGGAGACAAGCUGGCGUCUGUCGGCAGUGCACCAGAUUACAUGCUCACUGUGUGGGACUGGAAAAAUGAACAGGUCAUCCUAAGGUCCAAAGCAUUCUCGCAGGAUGUUUACAAAGUGGCAUUUUCUCCUGAGGAUGAAGGCCAUUUGUGUACAAGUGGCUCCGGACAUAUCAGAUUUUGGUCAAUGGCAAACACAUUCACUGGAUUAAAGUUGCAAGGACAAAUUGGAAAGUUUGGUGCCAAAGAGCUGUCAGAUAUAGAAGGUUUUGUUGAGCUUCCUGAUGGUAAGGUGCUGUCAGGAUCUGAAUGGGGAAACAUGCUGCUCUGGGACGGCGGCCUAAUUAAAGUGGAGAUUUCCAAGAAAGGCAGAAAACCUUGUCAUGUCGGAAUGAUAGAACAGUUCUUCAUGGAUGAAGGAGAGCUUAUGACUAUUGGUGUUGAUGGUUUUGUGAAAGUUUGGGACUUUGAAAGUAUUGAUAAUGCUGACACUACAGAGGAAGGACAGCUGUUUGAGAUGGAUCCAAUGUAUGAGUUAAAGGUUGGCACUGAUGUUAAACUCAUGUCAAUGGUUAAAGCUGUAAAUACUGAAGCUCCAAUCUGGUAUGCCCAGGAUGCUUCUGGUGGUAUAUGGAAGUUGGAUCUAUCAUUUACCCAUACGAGUCAUGCACCAGAGAGGAUGCACUCUUACCAUGCUGGACCAAUCACAGGCCUUGACACUUCCCCAGUUGCUCCUUUUGUGGCCACAACAGGAGUGGACCAUACAGUUCGAGUCUAUGACUACCUUUCCAAGACACCCAUGUGCCAAGCUAAGUACAACUCAGGAGGUUCAAGCUUGCUUUGGGUUCCUAAAGAGGUGGAUUCUAAGGGUACCAAACUUCUCACUGGUUUUGCUGAUGGUGUCGUUCGUUUACUGGCGCUAAACAAGGUGGACCCAUCUCAACUAAGGAGCAAGAAAUCCAAGCUAAAGUAUGAGUUGAAUCUGGAGCAAGUCUUUAAACCUCACACAAAGCCGGUCACUGCAAUAACCAUUGACAAUCAAGGAGAGAUUCUCGCCACUGGGAGUGAUGACUGUACAGUAUUUUUCUUCUCUGUUGGAGACACAUACAAACCAAUUGGUUUCAUCGAAACUGCUUCUCCAGUUGUGUCUAUAGAGUGGUCGAAGGACAGAAAGUCUCCAAAGAGUGUACUCAUCAGCUGUAAAGACGGCACCGUGCUUCAUGUCGAAGCUCCUGCUUCUGAUAAAUAUGACACAAGUAAGACUUAUCACCUCCCCCUGACCAAUCUGAAGACCAGAGAGUAUCACUUCACGAGUGUCAAAGAUAAAUUGAGGAAAGCCGAAGAAGAAGCACAAAAAGCCAAAGAAGAAGAAGAGAAACGGAAAAAGAAAGAAGAAGAACGAGCACGUAGGAGAGCGCGAGGUUUAGAAGACGAAGAAGAACAGGAACAAGAAGAAGGAAAAAAGGAAGGUGAAGAGGAUGAAGAACAGAAGGAAGGCGAGCAAACAGAAGAGGAACAACAUCGAGAGCCGGGCGAAAUUAUCAAAGGAUUUUAUUACGGCAAACCGGAUAAAUUCUGGGUUUCAAUGGACGGAUGGGAUGCCGGUUACAUGUACGAGUGUGAAUUUGACGACGGCAAGAAACCUGUUCCUGCUGAAGGACAGGAAGAUACACGAGAUGAACCUGUGAGGUCCAUUCCUGUGGAUAACAGUGAUGAUAAGCCAAUCAGAUCUGUGUGCUUCAGUCACUCAGGAAAAUUCCUUCUUCUUGGAAUGGAUAACGGAGUCAUUCGUAUCCAUCCUCUCGAUGGCUCGAACGACUUUGAACACUUCAGCUCAUUCUGGGCGCUAAAUGUGCACGACAACCAUCAUGGCGGCAUACGACACAUCAAGACGAGCUUCGAUGACAAAUAUGUGUUCACGGCUGGACAGGACGGCAACUUCUUCGUGUUUCGCUUCAUGGAUAAGGCAGUGAAAGGACUCAAUGUGCCACAUAAGGUCUCUAUACCGUCAGCAAAGAAAUUAAUCGGCGAGGAAGGUGAAGAGAUAGUAAAGAAGAUAGAUGAUAUUGAUGAUCCAAACCACUACAGUAUUGAACUUGAGAAACAGAAAGCAGAGCACGAUCGAAUGGUCAAACUUGCUGAGGAGAAAAAGCAGAACAUUCGUCGAAAGAUAGGAAAUCUGAGACGAGCUUUCAAAGAGUUAAUGACCAAGAAUCAGAAACUUCCUCCUCACGUUCAGAUUACACACGAUGAAUUUGAAAUCGACCCCGAUCUCAUCAAAGAGCAGAAAGCGGAGGUUGAAGCUAAGAUUGAGCUUGUUCAUAAAGAGAUGGCAUGGGAAGCUGAAAAGCAAUCAAUUGGUCUGAAAAAACUGCAGAAGAGAUUCAAAGACGAGGUUGAAUGUGACCGGAUCGUCCUCCGCGCGUUUCUCACUCCACACCUGGUCACGAGCUUCAGAGCAGCUAAACCCGACUAUCAUCACCAGCUACUACAGGAGGCCGGUGGGGCAGGGGGUGAGGGACCUGACGGGGGAGGGCACGGGAGAAAAAGCUUUUCUAGUGGAGCAAAGAAUGCAGCACAGCUAAAGAGACGUGGAACUCAAGACAAGAUGACUCUAAACCAGCAACAGCAACAACAACAGCAGCAGCAGCAACAAGUUCCGGCAUCACAGGGACAGCUGGGAAGUAAAGUGGCGAAUGCACUGGCCAAAGCCGAGGCUCGCAGACAGAAGAGACUAGCCAGACAAGCUGAGUGGGACGAGUUGUAUCGUAACAAGCCUGACGAAGGUUAUCAAGAUCCCAAAGACGUGGCAGCGAUAAAAGAAGCUCGAGAGAACAUGGGCGACUACAAACUCAAAACAGCUAAAGAUUAUGUUGUUCCCGAAAGCUUGAGAGUGAACGCAGAAAAGAAGAGAAUUCAACUGUUGAACUUACUUGACCAGAUUCAUCAUUACAAGUUCCAGUUCAACCAGUCGUUUUUAUCGCUCCGCGACAAGAAAAUCAAGAUUAUCAAAGAGUUGAAGGAAACCGUCGCGGAGCUGGAGGAAGUCCAGCGGAAGAUCGACCCGUACUCUAAACGAACCAUCCCGAAAAUUCCCGAAAUGAUGCCCGACGAAUGUCCCGAAAAACGUCUUGAAUACACACGUGAACAGCUCCUUGAGUUCAAGAAACAAGUGGACGACAAGGUCGGUCAAGGUCAAGGUGAAGAGCAAGGAGGCGGCUUUGGAGGAUUUGGUGGAUUUGGCGGAGGGAGCUCUGAGCCUUCAAAACCGGCGGCGGCUCUUAGCAAGCCAGGGACACAGCAGAGGGACCGUUCUAUUUCCUCCGUGUCUGUACAUUCCUCUGGAAGGCCCAAGUCCAGUUUGAGUACCUUAACAGACAAGGGAAGUCCUGAACCUGCCAUAGAAGAAAUCAUCGAGGAACCUUCUGUCUUGGAACAAGAGAUACAGUAUGAAGAGCAAAUCAGGCUGCAGUAUGAACAAGAUGUGUUAAUAGACAAGAUCACCAGCACACUGGAAAAAUUCGACGCGGAUCUGAGAUACCUGAGACACGAAAAAAUACACCUGGAAGUCGCUGUGAAGUGCGCUGACCUCAGGCAAGUUACUCUGUUUGAAGAGUUCAUGCUGCUGAAGGAAUUUGAGAAAAGAGAGAACAGCUUCGCCAACAAAGUCAACACAAAACUUUCUGAGAAAGACGAGAUGCAGGAGAAGGUUGAAGAUUGUCAAAUGAAACUAGACUCCAAGAAACAAGACAUAGAAAAGCUUCAAGAGCAAGAGAAGGCGCUUUACACCUCGUUCUCUGCAGCUCUCGGCGAGAAUAACAAGUUUGAGUCGUUUUUGACCCGCGUGUUCAAGAAGAAAAUCAAACGCGCGAAGAAGAAAACUCAAGCCCAGGAAGGCUCGGACGAGGAAAGCGAAGAUGAGGACAGCGACGAGGAUUUAUCUUCAAGUGAUGAGGAGGACUCUGAUGCAGAGGAGUUGGACGACAGCGUGUGUCCACCUGGAUGUGAUCAGGCAUUGUUUGAUCAGGUGUGUCAGCUUCGCGAGCGUCGUUUAGACUUGGAAGAAGAACUAGCCGAGGAAAAGAAAACGAGCGAGACCCUGAAAAAGGAAUACGACGCUCUAGUCAAGAAAGCUAAGGUCAUCGACAGCGCGCUGAAAACAGCUGAAGCUGAUUUGGAGGCUUUUCAGCGUGAAAAACAACAGAAGCUGAACGAGUUGGACGUAGUAGUUGUGUUGCGAUUUCAUCAGAUUCAGUACAUGUUGAACAGCGCUCUACCACAGGAUCUGUCACAAUGUCUUGUGUUUAACAGUCCAGAGCUCGUCCGACUACAACACAGAAUUAAAGAACUGGAGAAAGAGAAGGCAGAGCAAAAACGACUUUACAGGGAACAUCGCCAAACUCACGUGCAGCUCAUCCGGGACAAGAAAGUCCAGGAAACGAGGAUUGGCGACUUGGAAGAGAAAGUCCGUAACAUGUUAAUGCUGAAGUUUGGUCGGUUGGUGGAUUUGGAGAAGCUUGAGACUGUCACAGUCAACAGGACGGUAGAAGAACUGAAGGAAAAACUACGGCAGCAAGAGUCCAAGAGCGCCGCGGAGAUCGCCAAAUGGAAUGUCAAAAUUGAUUCAUACAAGGGCAAAGUAACUCAGCUGACUCGUGAAAACACACAAAGACUGGACACCUACACUGUUCUACUACAAGAGAAGAAGGAACUGGAACAAAUGCUGAACUCACGACAGAAAUCCCUGGGGACCGAGUUUACCGGAAGUCGCAAGGCCGACAUCCGGGAACGACAGCGAUUGGUUCAGUUGGUGCAACUGCAGGCUCAAGAAAUCGACGCUCUCAAGGAUGAAAUAACGCUGCUAUCGCGAAAAGGCGGGCACAUACUCCCCCCGGCACAGCCACCUCUCCCCCCUGGACAGACGCCAAUACCCAAUCAAUAAUUCCACAUUGUAUUUGAAUACCUUAAUUUUGAGUGGAAAAAACUGUAGUUCUUUGAAGUGCGUGGAAUCUUUUAUACAUACAUUGUAAAUACAAGAAUGAUGACUAACUUUUAGUCAGGAUUUUAAAGACAAGGUUGUAUCGCUUGCGAGUUGUAAGCUCCUAAUAUAAAUAAACAAAGACGUUGUUUUGUUUGAAA